CAGGAUAGGAAUUGGCUACAAGGUCAGUCAAGGUUAUGUUUGCCUGGCAACUCUUCCAACUCUUGAUGGAAAUUCGCUCCUAAACCUCUCAAGGUAAAUCUGGGAAACUGUAACUCACGCACCACUUCUACACGUCUUCCGUGGCUCUAAUUUAUCUGGUCGCCUCAGUUGUUGCACGAAGGCGGCCGGGCCCGAGUAUUGCAAUGCUUUCUAGGAAGCGGCAGAUGGAGCCACUAUCCCGCCUUUUCCCUUACAGCAACAAGGAGGCAACUUCCCGGGCAGCUAUCUGGGGUCCUUAGGCGCUUUACCUUGCUUUGUAUUGAUACUUCCUGCACGGCUCUAAUUUCUCGGCGAGGCGCGCUGGGGAUCGAGUAACUUGAAGGCGAGCAUGCACCACCCGCCUCGGGGAUACGCUAGUCUUUGGCACUCUCGUUUCUGCGGCUGCUUCGAAGGGAGGCGUCCCGGAUAAGCCCCUGGCAGAAGGAGCGAGGGCAGCACUUUCCCUUCUUCCGCCCGCCUGCCUUGGCAGAGCAAUGAGUCCCGCGUUCGAGCGAGAGACCGACACUGUCCUCGGGGCUUAAAUCGCUGGCUGCUCGCCCCCGCGAAUAUGACUGGCCCUCUCCCGAGCAGGUGAGGGGAGAAGCACCACCAGCGGGGUUAUGGAGCUGCACGAGGUCAACGAAAAGGGCUCGAAUGGCGGGGGUGCCUCUGCUGCCGCCGCCGCCGCCUCUUCCUCCGUUGGCUCCAGUUCGCCGUCCACCGCUAGUUCGGAGACGUCCGUGUGCCCGGAGCCGGACAAGAUCUCCACGCUGGGACGAAGGCAUAGCAAAAAGAGGUUUGGGCUCAAGAUCUUUGGGCGCAGACUCCAUCUGUCUCACAGGGAUGUCCUGUCUUGUCCUCAGGGCAGCCAACCUGGUCAUUGGGGAGUCCACAGGAUAAAGCACAGGCCAGCAAUAUAUAAAAAAGCCAUUGCCAAGUCGGGACUCCAGCACAUGGUAGCCCAGCCAACCCCCACAUUCGCCUUAAGAAGUGACUCAGAGAGGGAGAUUCGUAACUCUGUUGAUUGGAGUGAAACUGCAGUUUAUGGGGAGCACAUCUGGUUUGAAACCAAUGUCUCUGGGGACUUCUGCUAUGUGGGGGAACAAAACUGUGUGUCAAAAAUGCUGCAAAAACCUAUGUCCAAGCGAAAAUGUGCAGCCUGCAAAAUUGUAGUCCACACACCCUGCAUAGAACAAUUAGAAAAAAUUAAUUUCCGAUGCAAGCCUUCCUUUAGAGAAUCUGGAUCAAGGAAUAUCCGGGAGCCUACUGUUGUGCGGCAUCAUUGGGUACACCGGAGACGCCAAGAAGGGAAAUGUCGACAAUGUGGAAAGGGUUUCCAGCAGAAAUUUGCCUUCCACAGCAAGGAAAUUGUAGCCAUCAGCUGUUCCUGGUGUAAGCAGGCAUACCACAGUAAAGUUUCAUGCUUCAUGCUGCAGCACAUUGAAGAGCCCUGUUCACUGGGGGCACAUGCUGCUGUUGUCAUCCCUCCCACCUGGAUUUUGCGUGUCCGUCAUCCCCAAAACCCUCUGAAGUCAAGUAAGAAGAAAAAAAGGACUUCCUUCAAACGGAAAUCUAGCAAGAAGGGACCUGAGGAAGGAAGAUGGAAACCCUUUGUUAUCAAGCCCAUCCCAGCACCUCUCAUGAAGCCGCUGCUUGUGUUUGUGAAUCCCAAGAGUGGUGGGAAUCAGGGAACAAAGAUAUUCCAAUCUUUUAUGUGGUAUCUCAACCCUCGGCAAGUUUUUGAUCUCAGCCAGGGAGGUCCCAAAGAAGCGUUGGAGUUGUAUCGUAAAGUGCACAACUUACGGAUUCUGGCUUGUGGAGGAGAUGGCACAGUGGGAUGGAUCCUGUCAAUUUUGGACCAGUUACGCCUGAACCCUCCACCUCCUGUAGCCAUUCUUCCUUUGGGGACAGGAAAUGACCUAGCAAGAACACUGAACUGGGGCGGGGGAUAUACUGAUGAACCGUUGUCAAAAAUCCUGUCUCAUGUAGAAGAGGGAGAAAUUGUGCAACUUGAUCGCUGGAAUCUACAGAUAGACCCCAAACCCGAGGGAAAUCCAGACGAGAAGGAUGAAACAGCCACAGAUAAGCUCCCUCUUGAUGUCUUCAACAAUUACUUCAGCCUUGGUUUUGAUGCUCGAGUGACACUGGAAUUCCAUGAAUCUCGAGAGGCCAAUCCAGAGAAAUUUAACAGUCGAUUUCGGAAUAAAAUGUUCUAUGCUGGGACAGCGUUCUCUGAUUUUCUCAUGGGGAGCUCUAAAGACUUAGCGAAACACAUCAAAGUGGUGUGUGAUGGAACAGAUCUGACUCCCAAGAUCCAAGAUCUUAAGCCUCAAUGCCUCGUCUUCCUAAACAUUCCAAGGUACUGUGCAGGCACUAUGCCUUGGGGCAACCCUGGAGAACAUCAUGACUUUGAACCCCAGCGACAUGAUGACGGCUGCCUUGAAGUCAUUGGCUUCACCAUGACCUCGCUGGCAGCACUGCAAGUGGGCGGCCAUGGAGAGCGGCUGCACCAGUGCCGGGAGGUGGUACUUACCACAUCCAAAGCCAUCCCCAUGCAGGUGGAUGGGGAACCUUGUAAGCUGGAAGCUUCCUGCAUACGCAUUUCACUGCGCAACCAAGCAAACAUGGUGCAGAAGACCAAGAGGAGAAAUUCCAUGCCUCUAUUGAAUGAUCAACAACCAGUUCCAGAACGGUUAAGAAUCCGUGUAAGCCGAAUUGGCAUGCAUGACUAUGAGGCACUUCAUUAUGACAAGGAGAAACUCAAAGAAGCUUCCGUGCCUUUAGGAAUUAUUGUGGUUCCAGGAGACAGCGAUUUGGAAUUAUGCCGGACCCACAUUGAAAGGCUUCAAGAGGACUUCCCUUCUUGCACUUCCACUAUUCAGAAUCUAUUUCCUCAGGAGGGAGAUGGAGCCAAACCAAAGACAUUUUCAUGCCAGAAGCUCUCCCCCAAAUGGUGCUUCCUAGACUCAACCACAGCAGACCGUUUUUAUAGAAUAGACCGUGCCCAGGAACAUCUUAAUUAUGUAACAGAGAUCUCCCAGGAUGAGUUGUUUGUGUUAGACCCAGAACUGGUGCGCACUCAAACAGUGGGCACAUCUGCCAUGCCUGAUCUUGUUGAUGUUCCCUCAACACCUACAAAGCAACACCUUCCUCUCCCAAUUUCACCACCAUCUACACCAGUCUCCAGCUCAGCAGUGGACAGCAGCCAGAUCUUUAAAGAUGAUGCUUUGAUAGAUGCUGCCAAGAAUAACGAUUUCUCCAAGUUCAAAGAAUUGCACAGGACUGGCAAAGACUUGAUGAUGCGAGAUCCCACAGGCCAAACUGUCCUUCACCAUGCUGUCAAAUCAGGGAGUAAGGAGAUUGUGAAAUACAUAAUUGAAAACGCUCCUGCAGAGAUUUUGGAUGUGGCAGAAGAAGAGAAUGGCGAGACGGGUUUGCAUCAGGCUGCAGCGCUUCAUCAGCGGACCAUCUGCCAUUACAUAGUGGAGGCUGGAGCUUCACUGAUGAAAACAGAUUUGCAGGGAGACACACCCAAGCACAGAGCUGAGAAGGCAAAUGAUCCCGACCUGGCUGCCUACCUCGAAAAUCGACAGCACUAUCAGAUGAUCCAGCGGGAGGAUCAGGAAACAGCCGUGUAGCGCUCAGCAUGCCUUCAUCGUUUCCCGGGGGUGGGGGCAAAGAAGCCGAGUAGCGCGGGAACCUGGCUAGCCUUUUCUUGAAUGUCCAUCACACAGAGGAUCCAGAGUUUUCUGUUUAGGUUUGGCCACGGUGCUGUUAUUUAUUUAUGUAGUGGGUAUUGAACAAUGCUGACUGCCACAUCCCUCACCGCCAUCACAUUCCAUGGAUGGAUACCUCUGCCUGAUAUUUCAUUCCUAUCUGCUUCCAAGUUUUCUUGACCCUCGUCGCUGCUGCUCUCAAAGCAGGAAAAAUACUCCCUUCUAGCUAUUGGUGGAGCUCCAUUUCAGAUAUCUGCUCCAUUCCCAGGCCACCGUUGUGCAACCUUAUGUUAUCUCCCUAAAGGCAGCAUCUGCAACCCUUUUUAGAUCCUCUGAAGCUUCAUCCCACCGAUUCUGCUGAUUUCCCAGCAAUAGGUAUUGUCUUUCUCAAUAGUUUCAACGGAAGCAAUGCCCGUCGUCUCGGUAUAUUCUAUACUGGAAGUUUGCUAGCACAAUUUUUGAGAAGGCAUACAGAAGAGACUCGUGUUUAUUUGCUAUAGCCCUUUCUUGUUAUUCAGGCACUGUAGUAUUCAAUUACUUGUGUAAACUCUGGGUGACAGUCACAUUGACAAGCAAUCCAAGUAGCCAAAGCAAGCUAUGGACUUGGUUUGCAUCCUCUCAGCACAAUAUAUCCCUCUUCCUCCCUUUCUUUUAUUCUCUUUACUAUGUUGACCCUGUACUGCAAGCCCACAUGCUGUAAAGGAUGUUUAUAUAUCUUGCAAAAACAGGGAACACCAGGUCAAAUCCCACUCUUUCCCAUUUAAGCUGCUGCAAGCUGAGUUUUGAGACUGCCGCACUAAAUGUUUUGAGCAAAGUGCCUCCUCUCCAGGUUUCUUUCCCCCCAUCUUUUCUCUCUCUUUCUGUUCUCAUAUAUUACCUUUCUCUGCUUUUUACAUUCACCGGUUUAGGAAACAGUAGCCAGUUGUAAACAUAUUCGAAAUAUGUUUGGAAAGCUUGGAGUUUGCUGAAAAGGGGAGAGAAAUCUCAUCCGAAAAGGCCAUUGGCACUUGCCAUACCUCAGGACAGAGCAUUAUCAGUACGGAAAUUACCUUUUCAUUUUAAGGAGAUAGGAGUAACUAUAAAAUGCAUCACUAUAAAGCGAACUAUUCCUAUCAACUAGUGUUAAUGGCACAUUUUUAUCCAGGGACUUGUACUGAUGGUAGUAGUAAUGAAUGGAAAGGUUCCUGUACAGCCAUCUGAUUUCUUGCCUAAAAUAGAAUGGUCCCUCCAGUUGGUUCCUAGAUUCAUACAUAGGCACAGGAUACCCCACAUCAAUUUAUAAUAUUUUGGUGCACAAACUUAACAAUAUGCAAGUCCUAUGGGCACAAUUGGAGGCAGAUCCUAAUUAUCAUCCUGAGAUAUUUUGUUUACCCAAGUCUCCCAUCCUAACUGUCCCCUUUUUGGGGGGAAGGGUUGUUUCUAAAGCAAAGCAACCCAAAACUUCCCAACCCUUAAUGUUCAGAGAAUGUGAAAUAUAGUCAACCUGCGUGUAGAUUGAAUUGAUAACCCAACUGAUUCGCUAAAACAGGGACUAUGUGAAAUCCAGCUGUCAUGCAGUUGAGUUUACAAGCAUAUAAACAUGCUGUUCUACCUGAACAGUUCAGAUUAAAUAAUUUGAAUGCUCUACCUGGUCAAGAAGGGUGGACUGAAACCAGACCAAAGUUUUUUUAAAAAGAAUUUACAUCUCCAGUGUGGGCAAGAAUUCUUCUGAAUCUGAUUGAGACUAUAGGUUCUGUUCUGAAACUGUUGAAAAAUAGGUGGCUUUCUAAGGACACUGGAUCACAAAUGUAAUGACCCACAGAAGAAAUUUUUGUGCACAAAAUAUAUUUAAAUUGGGGCAUCUUAAAAGAACAGGAGAAGCAAGCUGCUGGUGAAAUCAGCAGUAAUUUACCAGGGAUUAUCUUCCAUAGAUGGAAGAGUUUCAAUUUAGAAAGAACAGGCUUUAAAGUCACGAUUCUCCGAAUUUUAGGAGGCCCAACAAGAUUAGAGUCAAGAAUUUCUUACAUGUCACUCAGAUAUGUAAGAAUAUCCAGAUCUGACUAGAAGCUUGUCCUCCUUCAAGGCUGAGCUUGCCUGCCUUCUGUAUUUUAAUGCUUUUAAGAUUGGGAUGUUAAAUAUCUCUGAUAGCAUCCGAGACCUGAAAAGAUAGCCAGGUGUCCAUUUGGGAGCUGGCUUUUUCCAGCUGGUUGUGUCCUUGUCCUUUAAACAUGGCACUAAGCAAAGGAUAAUACUCCAAAGCAGCCUGCACUCUGAGCAAAGGUCCCAGGCAAGAUGUGAAUUGUUCUAAAUCAGAAACACUUGUCAUCUCUUUGACAUCACCCCUCCUUUCCUCUCCAGAGAUGUGGUAAAACAGCCAAAACAUUUGGGCACCUGAGGGUGGUGCUGACUCACAGCUGUACCAUAUCAAGCCUAACUGGUUGGAUCAGCUAGAUCAGGGGUCUCCAAACUUGGUCCCUUUAAGACUUGUGGACUUCAACUCCCAGAGUCCCAAAGCUUUGCUUUGCUGGCUGAGGAACUCUGGGAGUUGAAGUCCACAAGUCUUAAAGGGACCAAGGUUGGAAACCCCUGAGCUAGGUCUUUGGCCUUGUACAGCCCACUGCUGUGCCUAUAAUGGCGACUUCCCAUCCUGCAUGACAUGGCUAUAUUGUAUGUAGGUCAACUGAAGAGAAUGCCUCAUUGCUUUGCUCUAAACUAGGAGAGAGUCAUGCUCUGGAUUUUUAAAAUUGUAAACAUUCCUCUAUAUAUACAAGCUGGCUCCCUAAAUGUGUUUUAUAGCCCCAUAGGUCUGCUAUCUUCUCUUCCUCCCUUUUAUAUGUCUUCUUAAACUUUGUACAGGUAGUUCAAAAGCACACUGUUUCCUCAUCUCUAAAUGUUUGUUUGUGCAUGUGUGUGUGUGUCCUAAGCUGAGUUGCUGUGCAAUUCAAACCUUGGCUUGUUCUACUCCAAGGGGGAAGGAGUGUGUUUGAGAGUGUUUUUCCCCCUGUGCAAUACCUGAUUCCCAUUUCCUAGAUUUGGACUAGUAGGACACUUUUGGUUUGAUUGUUUUGGUUUGGUUUGUUUGAUUUUUUUUAAAUGUAACUACAUUGGAAGCUUGUGCUUCCGACUUUCUCUUUGACAGUUUAAAUGUUUUGUUGAGUUUUGCCAUUAAAAUAGAAGGAUGAACAUUUUACUUCCCCUCUCUUAUUU